AUGGCCUCCAACUCUUGGCGUCUCACUGCGGCAAAGGGGUGGGACUGGCCGAACGAAAUUGCCGUGGUCACAGGCGGUUCGAGCGGGAUCGGGAAGGGAAUUGUCGAGAGGCUCGUGGCCCUUGGUGUUCGCGUCGCGGUAUUGGACAUCCAGGAGCUGCCCAAGGAGUUGCAAGGGAAUCCACGCAUCCGAUUUUUUCACUGCGACGUGACGUCGGCCGAAUCCGUGGCGGCAGCAGCAGACGCAGUCCGCAGCGAGUUUGGGCAUCCUUCCAUCCUCGUCAACAACGCGGGGAUCGCCCGGCCUAUGCCCAUUCUUAAGACGCCAGAGGAGUACCUCCGUAAGAUAUUCGGCGUCAAUGUCAUGUCCCUGUGGUUUACGACGCAGCAAUUUCUCCCCCGCAUGAUCCAGCUCAACAAAGGCCACAUUGUGACUGUGGCAAGCAUCGCGUCUUUUGUCGCUCUCGCCACAGCCGCUGAUUAUUCGGCAACAAAAGCUGGAGCUCUGGCUUUUCACGAGUCGCUCGCGUCUGAGAUCAAACAUCAAUACAAAGCCCCGAGUGUUCUCACAUCCGUCAUCCAUCCCAACUUUGUCCGGACGCCACUCGUCGACGGGUUUGCUGGCCGCCUUGAGCGCUCUGGAGUUCGGAUGCUCACAAGCGACCGGAUUGCGGAUGAAGUCAUUGCUCAGAUCAAGAGCCGGAGGGGUGGCCAGCUGGUGAUUCCAAACUCGGCUACUGGCAUAUCUGCAAUUCGAGGCUGGCCGACAUGGCUCCAGGAGGUCAUUCGUGAUGCCGUCGCGAGGGGAGCAGUGAAACCGUAG